AUGACUGGUGCAUAUUUUACUCGGCUAAAGGAGAAGAACGAUGCGGGGUGGUCGCCGUUGAUCGUCGAUGGUGAAAGUCACGAGGACGAGGAACGAUCCGUGAAAUUUGGCGGCAGUGGGCCGCAGGCUCGUUCGUCGGUGAUCAGCGCUGGAUACGCCAGCACCGGUAGCGCUAAAAUGCCCCGUAACAUGCCGACUAGACGAGGCCUCCAGGCGUUGGCACUUGUUCUCGCCACUGCUUACGCAACGAUCCUCCUUUAUCAGGCCGUUGCACCUCGUCAAUGGGUGGAUGAGAUGACCGUCGAGGUGAACAGCAGGAGUGUGCUGGUAGAGGUGCCUACUUCAAGAAGAAUGAUGAUCAGCGAGGAAUCACCGGUGACACCUGCGAUCGCGACAGCAACCAUGGCACCGUUCACUACGGACCUCGACGACGUGUUCAUCAGCGUGAAGACCACCAAACAUUACCACCACUCUCGAUUGCCGGCGAUCAUUGGCACGUGGUUCCAGUUCGCCAAGGAUCAGACAUGGUUCUUUACUGACCGAGAUGAUCCAUAUUUCCAGAACGAGACCAGCGGCCAUAUGAUCAACACCAAGUGCUCGUCGUCGCACAACAGACGGGCCCUCUGCUGUAAAAUGUCCGUUGAGUUCGACAGGUUCCUCGACAGUGGCCGGAAGUGGUUCUGCCACUUCGACGACGAUAAUUACGUGAACGUGCCACGCCUGCUCAAGCUUCUGGACAACUACAAUCCACGAGAGGAUUGGUACCUGGGCAGGCCCUCGAUACCAGCACCCCUCGAGAUCAUCAGACAGGGACCAGAACCCUCAAAGCGACCGCAAAGGGUGAAGUUCUGGUUCGCGACUGGUGGCGCUGGAUUUUGCAUCAGCAGAGCGCUUGCUUUGAAGAUGACUCCAGUGGCUGGAGGCGGAAAGUUCAUCACGGUGGGUGACAGAAUUAGGCUACCAGACGACGUGACGAUGGGAUAUAUUAUCGAGUACUUGUUGAAGAAACAACUCACCGUGGUGGAGCAAUUCCAUUCUCAUCUGGAGCCGAUGAAGUUCCUCAACAAGGACACCUUCGGUGAACAGGUGUCGUUCAGUUACUCCAAGGGACCGAGGGACGAGUGGAACAUCCUAAAGAUCGAUGGUUUCGACAUGAAGGACGACCCGAAAAGAUUCAGGUCGAUCCACUGCCAUCUGUUCCCGCACGUACCCAAUUGUCCGCACAGAUGA